AUGGCAGUAAAUCUCCGGAAUGGGAGAGAUUUAGACAAAGAGAAGGAGGUUGCACAAGCCAGAAAAGAGACUGCGCCAGCCACUCCAAUUCCACUAGAGGUAGAUGAGCCAUCAAAUUUGACUGAAGUGGUGGUUGAACAGGGUCAAGAUGAAAAGGGUAAGGCUAAGGUAAAUGAACAAGCUGCAGAACAGGUGGUGCCUCUUGUGCCACAGAACCCCAACAGAGAGAAGCCAGCAAGCAGUGCACAAAGGGUGAUACCUGCACCAUUCCCUCAGAGACUGGUAAAACAAAGGAAGGAAGAUCAAUACAAGAAAUUUAUGGAGAUGCUACGUCAAAUUCAGUUGAAUAUUCCUUUAAUUGAGGCCUUGAGGGAGAUGCCAGGUUAUGCGAAGAUGAUGAAAGACUUAAUGUCACGGAAGUUUGAUUUUCAGGACCUAUCCACAGUGACUCUGACGCAGACCUGCAACGCAGUAGUGACCAAACCGAUGGCUCAAAAGAUGUCAGACCCAGGUAACUUCACUAUUCCAUGCACGAUUGGGAGUUAUGCCUUUGCAAAGGCAUUACGUGAUUUGGGAGCCAGCAUAAAUUUGAUGCAUCUGGUUGUAUACGCCAAACUGGGCAUUGGCAGAGCUAGACCGACUUCGAUGCUGCUGCAGCUGGCUGACCGCACGGUAGAUGAGGAGAUACCUAUCAUUUUAGGUAGGCCAUUUUUGGCCACUAGGCUGAUCGAUUGUGAGACUGGGAAUUAA